ACCGUUGUUGACUCCUCUGGAUCAUCUUCUCUACCUGUGCUCCGAAAACGGAUACGGGCGAUCCCUCCUCCCUCCCACGGACCUCCCCCCCAGCGAAUGACACAUCUCGGCGGAACGAACCGAAAUCGUAAAUCGAGGAUAGCGAGAAUGUCUGUGCCACCGCCGCCACCGCCUCCGCAGGCCGGCGCCUCCGCUGGCCCGCCGGUGGGCGAUAACCGGGGCUUGUUGCUGCAGUCCAUAAGGGCGGGCAAAACUCUGAAGAAGACUGUUACCGUAGAUAAGAGCGGGCCUGCUAUUUCUGGGAGAGUGAAAAGCGAAUCGACGAGUUCUUUGUUAAGCAAUAGCAGUAGUAGAACUAAUAGUUCUAGUGUAAUGAGUAGCAGCAGCAGCAGCAGCAGCAGUAAUUCUAGUAAUGGUGGGCCCAUGUCACUGGGCGGUUUAUUCGCGGGUGGUAUGCCGAAAUUGAAACCUACGGGACUGAGAGGGAACAAGACCGAGAAGGAGGGACAAAGUGUAAAUAAUUCUAGUUUUCUUCACUCGUCACCUGGAUCGUCUCACAGUAUAAAACGUGGCCCGCCCCCAGUUCCGCCGCCAGCCGCACAAAAACCGCAAAUAUUCAGUCAGGGGCAAAGUAGCACCGAUUCCACGACGAACACUCCAGAGAUUACGCCCAGGGGAUUCGCGAGAUCAACCAUCGUGCCUAAACCAUCUGCCACUCUGCAGAAACCGUCGCCGCCGCCUAAAAAGCUGAAUUUGACGAGCAGUACGAACGUGGCGAGAGCGCAGAGCAUGCGAUUACCGCGAUCGCCACCGGUGCUGGUGCCGACACCGUCAUCUUUGCACCAGUCGCAGGAUUGUUUGAACGAGGCCACCACGCCGCAGCCAGUGAGACCCGCGAAUCGAAUUCUCAGGCCUCCCGUGACGAGACCACCGUCACCACCGAUUCCGCGAGCGGCCAUGCCCGUUAUGAGACCACCGUCACCGCCAGCACCGCCGGCCUCGCGGUCGCACACGCUGCCCGUGACCGCUAUGAGAGCGGCGCCGCCGCCGCCGUCGAGAGUUACGGUCACCGCGCCGUGUAUACCGCCACCACCACCGCCGCUUCCGCAUCGUCCUGCACCCACGCAUCAGAGACUGGCACCGCCGCCACCACCGCCGCCAACGCCUCCUACUAGGAGUCUGUCGGUGCGCAACGGCAGCGGCCAAGCGGGUUCCGUUGACCUGGAAGUGCGAUUCGCCGAAAUGUUUCACACCUCCUCAUCUUUUCCACAGCCGGAACCCUUCAGGGGCUUCAUCAAGGUUUAUAGUAGCAGGAAUGCAGCAAAGCAACAAGCACCAGCUCCACCUCUUCAAUCGUCUUCUACUCCUAACACCCUGCAUUCGUUAAAUACCUCAUCUGGGAGUAAACAGUGGCAACACAAUGCGACCUCUUUGGCAUAUUGAAAUCUGUGCAUACUUAAAUCAUUGCUUCGUGCAUUGAUUACCGUUUAAAAAACUUCUUGAUGCUGCCACAAUAAAAUAAAAUGUUAAACUAAGUGAGCAUGAGAAGGUGUGAAUCGGCGCAGAGAGUAUAAAAGUUUGAAAGAAAGAUUUCGAAUUCGUGAACCCAGUUAUACAAUAAAAUGUUUUAGACAAUAUUUUCUGUACAGUUUAUCUUAGGAAAAAAAAAUUAUAUUUAAUAUAGAUUAUACCUAUAUAUAUAUAUGUGUAUAAAAAAUAUAUAUAUUAUAUAUAUUAUAUAAAUAUAUAUAUUUUAUAUAUAUUUAUACAUGUGUAUAUAAUAUAUAAAAGAAUCGUUAGAAACUUUAGGCCUGUUAUUAUCUAACAGAGAUCUAAAAGAGAUUGAAGCAGAAGGCACAUUUAUUUUUAUUCUAAAACCAACGUACUCAUUUAAUCUUUUUAAUCAUUGUAUUAUAUUUUUCUUAUUUACCUCUGUAAAAUUAAUAAAUAUUACAUUAAAAUUA